AUGACCCUCAGACCUCGCGCCGUACCAGAUCUACCCAAGGCGAAGGUUCCUGCAGAGUCAACAAACUUGGCAGCAUCGUCUUCUUCUUGGUCGUGCCCAGCUGAGGCAAUACCCAUUCUGGCAACACCACCUAUCUUCAGGAUACCGGCCGAGCUGCGGCUGGACUUCUAUGCAUUGGCACUACUGGUGGACGACUCAGACCUGCGCUUACUGCAGACUUGCAAGCAGAUCAACAUGGAAGCGCGCCCGAUCUUGUACCAACGACCGCUGACCCUCACAUCACAAGCACAAUUCUUCGAGCUCGUCCAGCGAAGCGACCCGGUGGACCUGCUUCGUAUACAUGAUGUGACUCUACAUCUCACAGACAUUAGCCUGUCGUCGCUACUGGAUGGGUUCGCUGGUAUCACUGCUUGGGCUUUGUAUCAACAGGAGCUAGAAAGGCUCGACAGAGCAUUCAGAACCAUAUCGGGCCUACGACGAUUAGUCCUGCGCCCGCCAGCAGUCAACCAUUCGCAGCUCUUACGAGGCAUGUACCUGUCAUUCCUCGGCCUGAUACCUCAGCAUCACCCAUCGCUGCAAAAUCUCGUCAUCGAAGACAACAAGGAUCUACUCAACAAAGUGCCGUCACUCCGAGAUCUACCGAAUGUACACUUCACCAUCACGACAGACAGUACGCCAGAUCGCAAGCAGACAUGUUCUCGAAGUCCAACAGUCAAAGUCGAGGUUGAGGAGAACGAGGAGGAUCUGCUGGCAGACCCUACCUUGCCCGAGGACUCGGGUCUCGUCGACAGGAAAGCCAAGACCAAGAAGCCGGCAAAGUCACCAAAGCAAGCAAGAUGGUACGCAAGCCUGCGACACAAGUACGACCAGGUAUCGCAGGACGACGGCGGCGAGGAGAUGAUUGAGCGUACUCUGCCGUAUCAUUAG